AUGUUUUCCUUUUUCCUUUAUCCCUUGUUCUCUUUCUUACUGCAACAAUGUUUUCCCUUUUCCUUUAUCCCUUGUUCUCUUUUCUUACAACAAUGUUUUUCCUUUUUCCUUUAUCCCUUGUUCUCUUUCCUUUUUCCCUUUGUCCUUGUUCUCUUUCUUACUGCAACAAUUUUUUCCCUUUUCCUUUAUCCCUUCUUUCUCUUUCUUACUGCAACAAUGUUUUCCCUUUUUUCCUUUAUCCUUUUUCUCUUUCUUACUGCAACAAUGUUUUUCCUUUUCCUUUAUCCCUUGUUCUCUUUCUUACUGCAACAAUGUUUUCCCUUUUCCUUCCCUCCAUUUCUCUUUCUUACUGCAACAAUGUUUUUCCUUUUUUUCCUUUUUCUCUUUCUUACUGCAACAAUGUUUUCCCCUUUUCCUUUUCUUUCUUUGCAACAAUGUUUUCCCUUUUCCUUUAUCCUUCUCUUUCUUACUGCAACAAUGUUUUUUUUUCCUUUAUCCCUUGUUCUCUUUCUUACUGCAACAAUGUUUUCCUUUUCCUUUAUCCCUUGUUCUCUUUCUUACUGCAACAAUGUUUUCCCUUUUUCCUUUGCAACAAUGUUUUCCUUGUUCUCUUUCUUACUGCAACAAUGUUUUCCCUUUUCCUUUAUCCUUGUUCUCUUUCUUGCAACAAUAUUUUCCUUUUCCUUUUAUCCUUGUUCUCUUUCUUACUGCAACAAUGUUUUCCCUUUUCCUUUAUCCUUUUCUCUUUCUUACUGCAACAAUGUUUUCCUUUUUCCUUUAUCCCCUUAUUCUCUUUCUUACUGCAACAAUGUUUUCCCUUUUUCCUUUAUCCUUGUUCUCUUUCUUACUGCAACAAUGUUUUCCUUUUUCCUUUAUCCAAUUUUUCUCUUUCUUACUUGUUCAACACCUGUUUUUCCCUUUUUCCUUUAUCCCUUGUUCUCUUUCUUACUGCAACAAUGUUUUCCCUUUUUCCUUUAUCCCUUGUUCUCUUUCUUACUGCAACAAUGUUUUUCCCUUUUCCUUUAUCCCUUCACAAUUUCUCUUUCUUUUGCAACAAUAAUUUUCCCUUUUUCCUUUAUCCCUUGUUCUCUUUCUUACUGCAACAAUGUUUUCCCUUUUUUCCUUUAUCCUUGUUCUCUUUCUUACUGCAACAAUGUUUUUCCUUUUUCCUUUAUCCCUUGUUCUCUUUCUUACUGCAACAAUGUUUUCCUUUUUCCUUUAUCCUUGUUCUCUUUCUUACUGCAACAAUGUUUCCCUUUUUCCUUUAUCCUUGUUCUCUUUCUUACUGCAACAAUCCCUUUUCCCCUUUUCCUUUAUCCCUUAUCCCUUGUUCUCUUUCUUACUGCAACAAUGUUUUCCCUUUUCCUUUAUCCUUGA